GAGAAGGAAUAUUCCGGUGAGCUGGAGGAUAUUCGUGCAUGGAGAACCCGCCAUCAGGGCCGAGGGUGGCGAGCACCGGCAACCAGUUCAAGGGGGUUCGGAUGAGGAAGUGGGGGAAGUGGGUGGCCGAGGUGCGGCUGCCUAACAGCCGGGAGAGGAUCUGGCUGGGGUCCUACGACACCGCCGAGAAGGCGGCCCGAGCCUACGACGCCGCCUCGUAUUGCCUACGCGGCUCCAGGGCGGCGCUCAACUUCCCAGCCGACCCGCCCAACAUUCCAUCACCCGGCCGGCUCACCAGAGACGAGAUCCGGGUGGCGGCCUCCAGUCACGCAUACGGGGCUCCUCGAGUCGAGCCGCAGGGUGAUGCGGGGUCGGGCAACGCGAGGCAGGAGGCGGAGGGUGUGGUGGUGCCAACGUCGUCCAUGCCGCGCGAGUUAUUUUCGCCGCAGAUUUAUUACUUGCCGGCGAGGAGCGACGACGUUACUGGUGGCAGUCACGGUGGCGCUGGCAGCGACGACGACAAUGACGACGGUGGAAAUGAAGAUAUGUAUCGGUCAUCCUACCUUUGGAGUUUCAACGAAGAGUUCGAUCGAGGAAACUAAAAUGAUUAGGUCCCCAUGAUUUUUAAUGGGAAUUGUCACUGAGUUAAGAAGGUUCCACCUUCUUACGGUAUAAGUACGUACUGUGAAGGCAUGUGAUGUGGGUUUUAAACGUUUGGAAAACGUGGCCGGCCGGCGGCUGGGCAUUGCAAAUUUGCAACCUACAGAAGUGCUGAAAAGCUUUAAAUUAAUUAAGGUAUGUUGGAAGAAUGUGUGAAAAAGUUGCCCACGAAAGGGCUGAAAAAGAUUUUCAGGGUCAUCGGAAUAAUGUCUGAAGAAGUUGCCGCACAAACAAAUAAGGAUGUUGUGCUCCAAACAAUUUAUGAGUCAUAUAAUGGUAUUAAACUUUUGCAAA